AUGGACGACGAACCUAGGCAUCGAAACAGUGUAGCUUCGCAAGAAUCAAGCAGGAAAGCAAGCAUGAGGAGGAGUAACUCCACCUUGCCUACGGAGCUCCCCACCUUGCCUAUGGAGCUGGUGAAUGAAGAGAUUCUCUUGCGUUUGCCUGUGAAGUCCUUACUGCGUUUCAAAGCGGUGAAUCGUGAAUGGGGAGGUUUGAUUUCAAGUUCCGAUUUCGCCAAAGCCCAUUUCGAUUCUCGGUACCCACACACCCACCGAGUUCGACUUGAGGGUCUACCUCCCCCUCCUGUUCCUAUUGAACGCAUUGAUGAAUUGGCAGCACCGUUUAUUGGUUUUGAUAUGUCUGCACCAUUAUUUGAUGAAGCUUCUCUGUUGCGCAUUCCUCUGCCAAACUUCAAGUCGUUUGAGUGGGGUACAUGCAGAGGCUUUGUUGGUUGGACCGACUGGGAUGACGAGGUUGUGAUUAUCUUGAACCCAGCAACGGGCAAUCGCAGACGAAUCGCUUGGGUCUACGCAGAUCAUCAUCAACCCCGAAGACCACCUGCAGGUAAAAUUUCAUUAGUACGCGAUAAGGUCUUAAGGGGAAUUGGUUAUGAUGACAUACAAGAAGAUUACUUGAUAAUUCAAGUUGAGUGUCAUAUUCCUCGAGUUAAUGUUUUCUCAUUGGCAACUAAUUCAUCUGGUUACAUUCUUGAUUUUGGUGUUGGUAUCGGAGGAUACGAGCCAUUGGGUGAUGAUUAUGCCGUUGGGGUAUUUGCUAACAAAGGUCUGCAUUGGUUAGUGAGGAAGACGGAUACAAAUCAAAUCAUAAUACUUUUCUUUCAUUUACCAUCUAGGACAUUGACUGAAACUGAGGUGCCAACAUUUAUGCAAGUGGAAGAGGGUGGAGUUCGAGGGAAUAAAAAGUAUUUUCUGAGUUUAAUUGGAAGUUCGCUUGGUUUGGUUUAUGAAAGUGGUCAGGGUCCCCGUGGAUGUGCUAAGAUAUGGGUCAUGGAUAAUGCAAACGCUUGGAUUGAACUUGUUAAUCUUCCUCUUCAGGACUAUAAUUGGAACUUUAUCCCGCUCUGUGUUACUACAAACGGUAGUAUUUUGGGUUCACAUCGUGAUGGGCUCCUAAUGAAGUUUUGUGACGAAGGAGCUCAGCUUGAGACACGUCAAUGGGGGAGAAGUUAUGACCUUUUAACCCAUUACGGAAUCUACAAAGAGAGCUUGCUGUCGCUCCCUGGUCGUGACGUUGCUAGAAUUUAG